UCGACCGGCAGGAUAUAACCUUCAGGAUAUCAUUCGAUGCAAGAAAUGACCUGGCAGUGCUUGAUCACGCACUAUGAGCGACCCUCUGAGUAUCACCGCAAGUGUAAUAGCCGUCCUUGAACUGGCAGCCACCACAACCCGCUAUCUCAGGGAAAUUAAACAUGGAGCAGCAGACCGACUCCAGUUGCGGGAUGAGAUACGAAGCACCACCUACCUGCUCGAAAUGCUUAGUGACCGUAUUGAUGAUGCUGAGGACGCGGCCGUAACUUUAGGCAUGGGAAAGUCCAUAUUGACCGAGUCUCUUGAUAUCACGGAGAAGCUGGCUUGCUUGGAGCGACUAAAGGGUAGUCUCAGUCUCAUCUUGCAGAAUGACCUGAUAAAAAUGGUGCAGUCGUCGCAUAGAGAACUUACAGAAAUCGGGCAGAAGGUCAGCCAAACACAAUUGAAGGACGAGGAAGAGCUGAACGAGAGGAUCUUGCUCUGGCUUAGCCCUUUUCCCUUCCGUAAGCAACAUGAUGCAAUCUUGGAGACCGUGCAGGCGGGAACCGGUGGCUGGUUUAUGAAACACGAGAAAGUUUGCAAUUGGCUUGAAGGAAAUAUCAGCAUGCUUUGGUGUCCAGGCAUACCUGGCGCUGGUAAAACACGACUAAUGUCUAUCGUUGUUGAUACGCUCGAGCAUAAGCUGGCCUCGAGAAACGCUCUCUUGCCAUCUGAAAUAUCCUCGCUUUAUAAUUCGCAUAAGAGACUUGGUACCGGCCCUACCUGGAAGGAGUUAUUCGAUAUAUUCACCAAAAUGACCCUCGAAUAUGAAACAACCUUCAUCGUGAUCGAUGCUCUAGACGAAUACAGCGAGAGUGAGAAUAACCCUUUGUGGUUUCUAUCCACCAUUAGUUCCGUUGGCUCAAAUGUUAAAAUUAUGUGUAGCUCACGUUUCUCCACAACCUUUGACGCAUAUUUCAAUUCCAUCGAAAAGGUAGAAAUCUCGGCUCGGGACGAAGACGUUGAACUAUUCUUGGAUUCGGAGAUUGCACGGCUCCCCACGCUGUCGAGCCUAUCCAAGCAUCUUCGAGCCGAGCCAGACUUGAGAAGACACAUCAUUAUUUCCAUCACGGGGGAGUGCCAGGGAAUGUUUCUUCUCGCUAAGCUACAUCUCGAGUCGCUCCUCCCGAAAAUCAAUCGGAAGGCUGUGCGCUUGGCUUUGGCCUCUCUUCCAGGAACUCUGAAUGAUACUUACUCAGACGCCCUCAAAAGGAUCCGGGACCAGCCCGCCGAGAUGGCGGAGCUGGCAGAGCUCGUACUGCUCUGGGUUAUCUGCGCCUGUCAGAACCUCACAGUUAUACAGCUUCAACAUAUGUAUGCUAUGCAGGAGCUAUCGGAGGAGAUGGCUCUUGAAGACGACGACCUCCCAGAUGGAGAUGUCCUCACCGCAGCUUGUGGUUGACGCUCUGUUCGAGGAAUGGGGCGAGGGUUGGGCUGAUUCCAUGACAUAGACAUUGAUCUAACUGGAUGGUAAUAAGAUGAGAUAUGC